AUGCUUGCAGAACGUCUUGCUUUAAGUUAUAGUCAUGCUAUGAACCUACUCAUGAACCAAAAUUGCAUUACAGCUUAUGAUCCUCUUGUUGGUGCUCUCUCGCCCAACGACCAAGCUGAGUACAUUCGCCUGGCACAUUUUAUUGCCACAUCUGAGGAAAGAAACAAGAGAAAUCUUGGAAUGCAAACAUUCAUUAAGCAUCUCUCUAUGAUACACGACUUCAUUCAUAAAGGAGACUCUAAAGAUAACCUCAGGGGAUUAGUAUGUGGUAUUCAGUUUGGCCAUGAGUCUUUGUUAAUCAAUACAAGCCGCCUGAAAAAGCUUAUGUGCCGUUCAAAGUCUUGCAUGAAUGGCUGCUUCCAAAAGAUGGGGUAUAUGCCUUCACGACCAUCUCAAGAACUUGCUUCUUUACUAUGCAAAAUUACUCCAGGCAUCAGAUCAGAAGCAAUGAACCCAAGAAAUUGGUGUGUCAGACGUGCUUCCGUUAAAUCUCAGCUUUUUAUUCAAAAUGUCCAAAUGGAAAUUGCUGCCAAAGUAACCACACCAAUGACAGAUGCUCCAUCAGCUUCAGAAGAUGAAACGUCAACUAUUCCUUCAAUUCUUAACAUUUCCCUCUUACUUAAUCAUUAA